AUGGGUAACUGUAUGUCCACCUGCGGCGGCCGCCGUAAGAUUCACGAGCUACCGGAGUUCGAAAUGAUGACACUCCCCUGCAGCAACGAGGGAGAAAAUCAACAACCACAGCGACAUUCUCCUGACUUGACUGGACAUUCUCCUGACUUGACUACAUUCCCUAUUGGCACUGCCUUGACCACGAAUGAAGUCAUCACAGCCCCGGUCCCCGUUGUCAAUGAGACAGCUUCUAACCAAGCCCCCGGUGUCAACGAGACAACCCCUAACCAAGCCCCUAGUGGUAGCUAUCAUCCCGUCGAUGAAGAUUCACACUCACUUACAGAAUCGCUCAAAGAUGUUACCAUCAACGACAUCCAGGUUGAGACCGCUAGACCGGUCAACUAUAGUCGCCCAGGAGCACAUCGACUUGUGACUAGUACCUCAGCGUACAACAUCCGUGACCUCAGAGAGACCAGCUGUGGAAAUGUUUCCCCUCCUCGCCUACGCCCGUCGGCUACUAUGAGCAAUUUAAACAAACCGCUCCGGGCAUAUCCUAAUGACGACCCCGUAGCCGCUUACAUCGCUCGAGAAACCAUGAUGCUCGAGGAGGCCUGGAAGAUCUUGGUGCCUGACAAGGCGUUCCUAGUUGAUUUCAAUCGGGAGCGCAACGUGACACGACCACGAACUCUUCGAGGGUCCGUAGAGAGCACGUCCUUGAACGACGUGAAGAGCGACCCGCCCGUAGAGGGUGAUAACAACAAUGUAGAAUUGGAGGAGGAGAUUAACGAGGUCGGCGGCACUGGCGCGACUCAAGAGGUCGGUGAAGAUAGCGAGAAUUCGAAGGACCUCAUCCGCAUACUUCGUCAGAAAAUUUUGCAACUCGACGAUAUGAUGUUGCAACUCCGCACAGGAGAGGUUUCAAUAAAGCCCAUUCCUAACCCUGUCACUGAUCAUGCCAAUGACGCCGAUAAUCCGGCCACCCCGUCUCCUAUUAGACGUUCCAACAACCCUGCUAGUGCUGUCAUUGGUACUUCUGAUACUAGUGAACCAAGCACCCGAGAGGCUGAGAUGGAUAUUAGCCCCUCGGAUUUCGUCGGUAGCCCUCAUCGUACGGGCUUACCACGUCGUCCUCGUCCUGUUGGCAUUAUUGGGCCAUCGACACCCACUAGAUGCGCUGAUCAGCCCACUGAGCUAUACUACGAAACCCACAGUCGUGACGAUCUGGACGCCGAGACUAAGCACCCGUCCAUAGUAUCCGAAGCGGGACCGUCUCAAACCGUCGUACGUGAUACACUGCCCCAAGUCCCUUCUGGUGACGAGGAGUGCGACUACUCCCUCUACGCGGUGGCUUUAGAGGAUGCCACGAAGAACUACCAUGAGGCCAGACCGGUCAUCCUCGCCAAGGUGCGCCGGUUCGUCGCGAGCGAACGUACAGUUGUCAAGGUUGCCGAGACCAUCCUGGCCAUGACAGACGACGUCAUCGACGCAUGCGUCAACGACGAAGACAGCCUCGAGAUAGUCCAGAUGAUGGUGACAGGAUCUUGUCAAGGAUCCGAGCUCGUUCCAAGUGGUAAGAUAACUCCAACUUUCCAGGAAAAGCUUGAUAAGGAGGCCGAAGCAACAAAGGAGCGCAAGGCGAUAGCCCUGCUGGAGAAGUGGGCAGCCGAGGCCAAGGCUAGGGAGGAGGCCGAGGAGGAGGCCAAGGAAAAGGGUAAAGGAAAGGAGAAGGCUGAGUGAAAGGCCCAGCUGCUACCGUGGGGUUUUAGAGUGUUUCGGACAGGGGAUCGAAUACCCUAAACUGGAAGAUGUUUUAGUCCGUCUUCCACAGGACACUCGGUUAGGUAAUACGUUGAUUUCGCAUGAACAUGGACUCGCAUAUGGAACGCUUGAGUAUCGAAAAGGGGUUUGAAAAUGGAAAAAAAAGUAAGGGUUAGUUAUUGAACGAAUGAAUUCAUAAGGAUUGAUUACGAUCGUUUCGUGCUUAGAAUAUCUCGUUAUUGUGAACUUAAUAUCGCCAAAUGGCAUCUGCCAUCUUAACUACCUGACCCAUCUCAAUGACAUCGUGGACACGUACAAUAUCAGCGCCGCCUUGGACAGCCGUAGCGACGGUUGCUGCCGUACCGAAUACUCGAUCCAUUGGCUUUGGUACACCGGUAACCUUACCAAUGAAGCUCUUGCGGCUGGAUCCUAUGAGCCAUGGUAGGCCUUCUAAUCCAGGCCAGUUUCGUAG